UGCCCCAGAGACACUUCAAUAAACUACCUUCAUAUUACUGACACACCAUUGCUUCUCACAUACUUUUAAACUACUUGUGGAUUGUUUUGUUGCUUGGGUUCAUUAUGAAAUUUGAAGAUUUCUUAAUGCAACGGAGUAGAGAUAAGCAAAAAAGAAUUGAUCUAGAGGAGGAGGUCGGUAUACUGCAAGCAGAAUUAGAUGAUGAGCAGAAAUUGAAUCGGGUUCUUAAAUGUGCAUUACAUGGACAAGUUGUUUCUCGUCCAUCAAUUUCCUCACUGCUACCACUUGAGGUAAUUGUUUCUAUCCCAUGCAUUUACUUGAUUGCCUUUGGAUGGAAGAAUAACAAAUUUGGGAUAUUGAUGCAGGUGCAGGUCCUUCUUGCAGAACUGGAAAUGGUUGAAGAAGAGAUCAUUUUCCUGGAAAGGAAGGUGGCGGAGCUGAGACACUGUCUCCAUCAAGAAAAGAAACUGAACGAAGAAAAUCAAUUGCAGCCACUACUGAAACACUACUGCUCUGGAAUAAGGAGUCACAGAGAACAAGAAGAUCAUGAACAGUCACUGGGGCCACUACAUUACAAGGCAGACUUUGGAGGCAAAAGGCUGAUGAGAGAAAGAAAAGCUUCCCUAGGCUCUGCUUCAGAAAUCCAUGCCAUGUUUUCUGGAAGGUUGAAUAAUGAAAUUGCUGGAAAAUCAAGAUGCAAUGGAAGAAAACAAACACAGAAUCUUCUAGAUGAAGCAAUGGCUACAGAGAAGCCAAACAGAGUCUCAGAAGAAGUAAUCAUAUGCUUGAUUGGCAUCUUUCUCACACUGAACCAGAGUUCAGCUCAUCUCAACUGUGAUGGCUUAGCAUCUAUUUCGAAGCUUAGUCUUUCCUGCAUGAACUCAAAAGGCCAGAAGUCUGAUUUCGACGGCCCCGUCAGAGAUUUAGUUCCAUAUAAGAAUUUCAUCCAAUUCACAAGAAAUUCUGUGGACAUGAGCCGUGUUUCAGAAUGUUUACCAGCAAUCGGAAAAAUGAGGAUUUUGAUGCAUAAACUAAGUACCGUGGACUUAAUUUUCCUGACGUACAAGCAGAAGUUAGCAUUCUGGAUCAAUAUCUACAAUGCAUGCAUAAUGAAUGCAUUUCUCCAACAUGGACUACCUUCUACAUCAGACAAACUGCUUACCCUGAUGAACAAGGCUGCACUGAAUGUUGGAGGCAUAAUACUGAAUGCUCUGGCCAUUGAGCAUUUCAUUCUCAGGCAUCCUUACGACUCCGAAAAAGGUACUAUGGAUGAAAAAGAAAUGCUGCUGCGAAAGGCGUAUGGUCUUAAUUAUCCUGAACCCAAUAUCACUUUUGCCCUUUGCCGAGGAAGUUGGUCUUCUCCACCAUUAAGGGUAUACACUGCAGAAAAUGUAGUAAACGAAUUGGGAAGGGCGAAAGUUGAAUAUUUAGAGGCUUCGGUUGGAGUUACAAGCAAGAAGAAAAUAGCAGUUCCCAAGCUUCUGCAAUGGCACAUGAGCGAUUUUGCAGAUGACAUGGACUCACUAUUGGAAUGGAUCUAUAGCCAACUACCACAGUCAGGAUCACUAAAGAGAUCGAUAAUGGAGUGCCUGAAUGGUGAUGGCAAAUGCCCAACAGCCAAAAUGGUGGAAAUUCAACCUUACGAAUCUGAGUUCCGCUACUUGCUUCCCUUGUAGGCUAAGACACCCAAAAGACUUACAUAGAAAUGUGCAGAGGAAACCAAAAAAAAAAAAACAUGCUGAUUCAACUAAAUCAUUUCCUGAAAUCAUUAUCUUUUAUAGAACAUAAACGU